UAUAUGAUAUCACAACUGGUAACUGCAAUAAGAAGGAUGGCAGUAAGUACUCUGAUCCCACCCUGAAUUCCAAGUUGAGACUACUCUUUUCUUCUCGACUCCAAAGCUCCAAGUUUUAUGGUGUUUGUGCAGUUUCUGUACAUGAAAAUUUUGCAAAAUGAAGUCAACAGCAUGCCUCUGAGUCAUUUCUUGUGUUGGAGAACGAACAUAUCCGGCUGGCUCUUUUUCAAAGUCAAACAUCAGAGGUAGAUCAUUUUCACCAAAUAUUCAACCAUUUCAAUACUGUAAGUAGAAAUUUCUACCAAAAACCUGUCUCGGUUCAACCUCGUCAGCGAGGUGGCUCUCUCUAGCUUUAGCUUUUUGAAACAAUCUGCGUUGCGAACACGAACAGCUUAAACGACCCUGAAAUGUCAAUUGCAACCACAUCUCACUCGCAACAUAAUUCAAUUGAGCUUCUAGUCCAGCUUGAACGAUAAACCACUGAAUUUACUAAUCCUAAGCCCAAUAUAAUACCAUUUCGGCGUGGCAUAAUGUCUUUUCUCACAACAACCCACCAAACCCUCACUCUCACUCCUAUUCCUCCUCAUAUCCCCAAGGCCCAGGUGCUUGCCCUACUACACAACCAUUCGAAAAUGAUAAGCUUGAACCCCCUAGUCACAGCUCACACUCUCCUCCCACCCACGCAUAUCCUUGCCGUCGAUUUCUUCAAAACCGAGCCCUCAUCCCUUCAACCAAGCACUUCGUGUCCCUGUGAAAUCUGGGAAAUAACAGAUGAUAUGUCCGCCGCGGAAGGAGACAAUGGACGAGGAUGGCGAGGCGGCUGGGCAAAACGUUUUGUCCCAGAUCAAAUCACUUAUACAUCGAGUCUCCAAGAUCGCGAAGACGGAUUAGUUAGUGUGACGCAUGCGCCAAUGGGGGUACAUAGUGUGACGACGUGGAUUGUGAGGGAAGCGGGGCCGGGGGAAAGUUCGUUAAUGCUUGGGGAGGGGAGAUUGGUGCUCGAGGAGAAGGGGGUUGUGAGGGCGAGUAGGAUGUUGAUGGGCUUCAUAAAGACGACCUUGCAGGAGAGUCAUGAGAAAUUGGUAAAGGACUUCAUGAGGGUUUUGAAGGGAGAGGUCGCCGAUGGAGAAGAGGUGGAAAAUGGGGUGAAGGGUGAAUUGUAGUUCAAUGGUUGGAUAGGGGCUGACAUGGGGAGAAGUUGAAAUUCUGCAGGAAACACAGUUUGGCGCCAUACUUGAAUAAAGUAAGUAAAAAUUCAGAUAUCUUGUACGAACCACUGAAUUUCAUCACUUGACAUGAUGUCAAAUUCGCAAUUUCUUACACAACACAAUUUCCCCAUUAACUUACUCUCUAUUGCUAUUUCUAUGCGUAAUUCUGCCCGCCCUAAUCUUGAUCUUAUCUUGCUCG